ACCCGCGGGCGGCAGGUGAAGUUUAUUUUCCAAACCCGUGUAUGUGUUACGUGCGUCUACCAGAACUCGCUUGUUCUCCUGCCCUGCCAGGCCGCAGCCGACUGCUGUGAGGGUACGUGAAAUGGCAGCAGAUGACAAACGGUCUCCAACACUGGAUUCUACCAGUGAUCUACCUCGUUCUCCUAGCAGUCCAUCUCAUCUCACUCACUUCAAACCCCUGACUCCUGACCAGGAUGAGCCUCCUUUUAAAUCAGCCUACAGCUCUUUUGUAAAUCUCUUCCGUUUCAGCAAGGAUGAUGGCAGGCUUUCAUCCCCAGCGGAGAGAGCAGAAGCAGCACAGGCUGAUUCACAGGCACUGAGCAGCAGCUGGUCCAGUCCUCAGCAUCCCCCCAGGGCUCAGUCUCUGAGGUCACCAGUUACGUACAAAAAACAACUAACUGGUGAGCUGCAAAGGCGAUCUUCCUCAACCCUAGACAAUCGAAGGAAAGUGGAACCUCCUCUGGGAGGUCAUGAUCCUCGAACAGCAGUUCAGUUAAGAAGCCUCAGCACUGUCUUAAAACGCCUCAAAGAAAUCAUGGAAGGGAAGAGCCAGGACAGUGACUUGAAGCAGUACUGGAUGCCUGACAGCCAGUGCAAAGAGUGCUAUGACUGUAGUGAGAAAUUCACCACCUUCCGUCGGAGGCACCACUGUCGGCUUUGUGGGCAGAUCUUCUGUAGUAGAUGCUGCAAUCAAGAAAUCCCUGGGAAAUUCAUGGGCUACACAGGGGAUCUCCGAGCCUGUACUUACUGCCGCAAAAUAGCCUUAAGCUAUGCACACUCCACAGAUAGCAAUUCCAUUGGAGAAGAUUUAAAUGCUCUGUCAGAUUCUGCGUGUUCGGUGUCAGUGUUGGAUCCUGGUGAGCCUCGCACUCCAGUUGGGAGCCGUAAAGCUAGCCGCAACAUCUUUCUGGAGGAGGAUCUAACCUGGCAAAGUUUGAUUCACCCAGACUCUUCAACUACAACGCUGUCUGCACGCCUUGGGUCUGUCCAGGAGGAUGCAGGGAAGUCUCCAGCUAGGAAUAGAUCAGCCAGCAUCACUAACCUGUCGCUGGAUCGGUCGGGUUCGCCGAUGGUGCCUUCCUAUGAGACAUCCGUCAGCCCCCAGGCCAGUCGCACACAUAUGAAGGCAGAGACCAGCGAGGAUGAGCGCAAAAUCCUUCUGGACUCAGUCCAGCUGAAAGAUCUGUGGAAGAAAAUCUGCCAUCACAAUAGUGGGAUGGAGUUCCAAGACCAUCGCUACUGGCUGCGGACACAUCCCAACUGCAUUGUGGGAAAAGAGCUGGUGAACUGGCUCAUCAGAAAUGGACACAUAACCACAAGGGUUCAAGCCAUUGCUAUUGGGCAAGCACUAGUUGAUGGACGCUGGCUAGAUUGUGUCAGUCAUCAUGAUCAGCUCUUCAGAGAUGAGUAUGCCCUGUACCGACCAUUGCAGAGCACAGAGUUUUCGGAAACCCCCUCUCCAGACAGUGACUCUGUGAACUCUGUAGAGGGGCACUCAGAGCCAUCCUGGUUCAAAGACAUCAAAUUUGAUGACAGUGACACAGAGCAGAUUGCUGAUGAAGGAGAAGAUAACUUGGCCAACUCCGCCAGCCCUAGCAAGCGCACUUCAGUCAGCAGCUUCCAGUCCACAAUGGACAGUGAUUCAGCCGCCUCCAUCAGCCUGAACGUGGAGAUGGACAACGUGAACUUCCAUAUCAAGAAGCACUCCAAGUACCCACAUGUGCCCCCUCACCCUGCCGACCAAAAAGAGUACUUGAAUCCUGACAACGGAGGGCAGCAGAUGUUCUCUAUAAGUGAUGCUUUUAUUAAAGAAUCAUUAUUCAACAGGAGGGUGGAGGAGAAGUCCAAAGAACUCUUUUUCACACCGCUAGGCUGGCACCACAGCAACCUGGAUCUGCUGAGAGAAGAGAAUGGGGAGAAACAAGCCAUGGAAAGGCUGCUCUCUGCUAACCACAACCACAUGAUGGCGCUGCUUCAGCAACUUCUGUACAAUGAGUCGCUGUCACUGUCGUGGAGGGAUAUCAUUGUACCUGUGGUCUGUCAGGUAGUUCAAACUGUAAGGCCUGAUGUCAAGAACAGAGAUGAUGACAUGGAUAUCCGCCAGUUUGUCCACAUCAAAAAAAUCCCUGGUGGAAAGAAGUUUGACUCCAUGGUGGUGAAUGGAUUUGUAUGCACUAAGAAUGUUGCACAUAAGAAGAUGAACUCUUGCAUAAAAAAUCCCAAAAUUCUUCUGCUGAAGUGCUCAAUAGAGUACCUUUAUAGAGAAGAAACAAAAUUUACCUGCAUAGACCCUAUAGUACUUCAGGAGAGGGAGUUCCUGAAGAACUAUGUGCAACGGAUAGUUGAUGUCAGGCCUAAUUUGGUCCUUGUUGAAAAGACUGUGUCUCGAAUCGCCCAGGACAUGCUGCUAGAGCAUGGUAUCACCUUAGUCAUCAAUGUCAAGCCGCAAGUUUUAGACCGUGUAAGUCGAAUGACUCAGGGAGACUUGGUGAUGUCAAUGGAUCAACUGCUGACCAAACCACGUUUGGGAACCUGUCAUAAAUUUUACAUGCAGGUGUUUCAGUUGCCCUAUGAUCAAACAAAAACUCUAAUGUUCUUUGAAGGGUGUCCUCAGCACCUGGGUUGCACUAUCAAGUUGUGUGGUGCUGCAGAGUAUGAACUGGCCCGUGUGAAGGAGAUCUUGAUCUUUAUGAUCUGUGUGGCUUAUCAUUCCCAGCUGGAAAUCUCUUUCCUUAUGGAUGAAUUUGCCAUGCCCCCUACUCUCACCAAAAACACUUCCUUUCACUCCCUUAUUGAGGAACCAGGAGAUGAAAAUGAACAACGGGACCUGUUCAAUGGUGAGGAUUUCAGCAUGACGAUCAGAGACAUUGAACCCUCAGCUGAAAAGCUUCCUGUGAUCUCUGAAUCAGUGUCAUCUGAUGAGGUCACCCUGCUUGAACAAAGAGGUUUAUUUGAGAGAGGUGACCAAGAGAACAGUCAGCUGGAAACAGUGCCCUCAAAACAGCAAGAGCACCACAAAAUGGAGUCGUCGUUUCCAGUGUUUCACUCUGUACCUCCGGUAGUGCCUGAAACAUCUCUGCUCCCCCUCCAUGGCAUGGACCAACACUUGGUGACUCUGGAUAGCCAGCCACUAGAGCCUAUUCAACAGGCAGAUGAUCUGCAGGAAUCCAAGAAUCAGAUGAGAGUCUUCAGAGACCCUCUCCAGGAUGAUACUGGUUUAUAUGUUACGGAAGAGGUAACGUCUUCUGAGGAUCGUCUCAAGAUGUACUCAGCAGCAUUUAAGCAAGAGCUGAAAGAUGUUAUUCUCUCAAUUUCUCCUGUAAUGGUGUUCCGUGAACCAUUUCUAUUGACUGAAAAAGGCAUGAGAUGCCCUGCUCGAGAAUACUUCCCUGAGCAGGUUUAUUGGUCUCCUCUCCUUAACAAGGAGUACAAGGAGUUGGAGAGUAGAAGGAAGAGACAGUUAUUGCGGGAUCUCUCUGGACUACAAGGGAUGAAUGGGAGUGUCCAAGCCAAAGCUAUCCAAAUUUUACCUUCCCAUGAGCUGGUCAGUACUAGAAUAGCAGAGCAUCUAGGUGAUAGCCAGAGUUUAGCCAGAAUGCUGGCUGACUAUCGAGCCAGGGGAGGGAGGAUACUACAGAGAAGCACAGAUCCCUUUGCCCAAAUGAAGGAUGUAUCCAGUGUCCCUGCUGGAAGAACCGGAUGCAAAAUUGAAGAGGAUGAGAAAGGACUGGCUCAAAAUGAAUCCUCCUGGUCUCAUAAGGUGGAUUGCUUGAGUCCAGUAAACCAUCAGAGGCUCUGUGUUCUCUUCAGUAGCUCUUCUGCGCAGUCCAGCAAUGCUCCAAGUGCCUGUGUCAGCCCCUGGAUUGUGACCAUGGAAUUCUACGGAAAAAAUGACCUGACUCUAGGGAUUUUUCUGGAGCGCUACUGUUUUAGGCCUUCAUACCAGUGCCCCAGCAUGUUCUGUGAAACGCCAAUGGUGCAUCACAUUCGUCGCUUUGUGCAUGGGCAAGGAUGCGUGCAAAUUGUGUUAAAGGAGCUGGACUCCCCAGUCCCUGGGUACCAGCACACAAUUCUUACUUAUUCCUGGUGUAGACUGUGCAAGCAGGUGACACCAGUUGUUCCUCUUUCUAGUGAUUCUUGGUCUAUGUCUUUUGCAAAAUACCUUGAGCUGAGAUUCUAUGGGCACCAGUACACACGAAGGGCCAAUGCAGAGCCUUGUGGUCAUUCAAUUCACCAUGACUAUCACCAGUAUUUUUCUUACAAUCAGAUGGUGGCAUCUUUCAGCUACUCUCCAAUCCGUCUACUUGAAGUAUGUGUCCCAUUACCCAAGAUCUAUAUCAAACGGCAGGCUCCGCUGAAAGUUACGAUUUUGCAGGACCUUAAGGACUUCUCUCAAAAGGUGUCACAAGUGUACCUUGCUGUUGAUGAUCGCCUUGCUUCUCUGAAAACUGACACUUUCAGCAAAACAAGGGAAGAGAAAAUGGAAGAUCUGUUUGCACAAAAGGAGAUGGAAGAGGGGGAAUUUCGAAACUGGACUGAGAAAAUUCAGGCAAGGCUCCUUUCAUCAUCACUGGACACACCUCAACAGCUUCAAUCUAUUUUUGAGUCUCUGAUUGCUAAAAAGCAAGGACUCUGUGAAAUGCUGCAAGCCUGGAAUAGUAGGUUGCAGGAUCUUUUCCAGCAAGAGAAAGGCAGAAAACGCCCCUCAGUACCACCUAGCCCUGGAAGACUGAGACAAGGUGAAGAAAGCAAGAUCAGCAGCAUGGAUGCUUCCCCACGCAAUGUUUCUCCAGCACUCCAAAAUGGAGAAAAAGAGGAUCGUUUUCUGACUACUUUAUCAAGUCAGAGCUCCACAGGCUCCACCCAUCUUCAGUUGCCCACUCCUCCAGAGGUUGUGUCUGAACAACUAACUGGUGCCAGCACACUUUCUGAACAGGAUACAACCAGUAGCUCAGAAGAUGUGUUUGAUGGACACUCACUGGGAUCUACUGACAGCCAAGUGAAAGAGAAGUCUACUAUGAAAGCUAUUUUGGCUAACUUAUUGCCUGGGAACAAUUACAACCCUAUUCCAUUUCCCUUACCUCUCCCAAGGGUUGGACUCAAAUGGGCAUUGUCUGGGUGUAGGUCAGGUUCAGUGGCUGCUGCAUGUGCCCUCAAGUCCCUCUCACGUGAAAAUGAGCAGGCUGGAAAGUUUUUUCAGCUACUCUGUCUUGACCCAGAUAAGCACUACCUAAUGUACGAGCAUGAGCGCGUACCUAUUGCAGUCUGUGAGAAAGAACCAAGCUCCAUCAUAGCUUUUGCUCUCAGUUGCAAGGAAUAUAGAAAUGCCCUUGAUGAGUUGUCCAAAGCAUCUCCAAAAAACGGUACUGAAGAAGGACUACAGGCAAACAGUACAUCAGAUGGCAAACCAAAGAGUGGUAGUCCUGUGCGCCUACCUGAAGCUAACAUGGGUCCUUCAAAUCGUGCUGCUGAAGUGGAACAACCAAAGAAACCAUCUAGUGUUUUGUCUUUCUUCCGUGGCACGGGAGGGAAGAGCCCAGACCUGUCUUCCCAGAAGAAGGAGACCUUACGUGGUGCUGACAGCGCCUAUUACCAGGUUGGACAGAUGGGUAAAGAGGGAGCGGAGAACCAAGGAGCAGAGCCACAAGAUGAGGUAGAUGGAGGAGAUGGACAGAAGAAACAGCUGGUGAAUCCCCAUGUGGAACUCCAGUUCUCAGAUGCGAAUGCCAAGUUCUACUGCAGGAUUUAUUAUGCUGGCGAGUUUCACAAGAUGCGUGAAGUGAUACUGGGGAGCAGUGAAGAGGACUUCAUCCGCUCCCUCUCUCACUCGAUGCCCUGGCAGGCACGAGGUGGCAAAUCUGGGGCUGCAUUCUAUGUGACUGAAGAUGAUAGAUUCAUCUUGAAGCAGAUGCCUCGUCUGGAAGUCCAGUCAUUCCUUGACUUUGCUCCACACUACUUCACUUACAUCACUAAUGCAGUUCAGCAGAAGAAGCCCACAGCGCUGGCCAAAAUCCUUGGGGUGUAUCGGAUUGGAUAUAAGAACUCUCAAAACAACACUGAAAAGAAACUGGAUCUGCUUGUCAUGGAAAACCUUUUCUAUGGAAGGAAAAUGGCUCAGGUUUUUGACUUAAAGGGCUCCCUCCGGAAUAGGAAUGUUAAAACAGACACAGGGAAAGAAAGCUGUGAUGUCGUCCUAUUGGAUGAGAACCUUCUGAAGAUGGUCCGUGACAACCCUUUGUACAUCCGUUCCCACUGCAAGGCUGUGCUGAGAGCUUCUAUACACAGUGAUUCCCAGUUCCUCUCCAGCCACCUCAUCAUAGACUAUUCCCUGCUGGUGGGUCGUGACGAUACAAACAAUGAGCUGGUUGUGGGGAUUAUUGACUAUAUUCGCACUUUUACCUGGGACAAAAAACUUGAAAUGGUGGUGAAGUCAACUGGCAUCUUGGGGGGACAAGGUAAGAUGCCAACUGUGGUCUCCCCGGAACUGUACCGGACCAGGUUUUGUGAAGCUAUGGACAAGUAUUUCCUGAUGGUGCCAGACCAUUGGACAGGGCUUGGCCUGAAUUGCUAAACUAAAGCCCAUAUUGGCAAAGCACAGGUGGACAAUGGUGUGUUACAGGUCACUCUCUUUCUGUGGUCUGCCCAGCAGUAAGCAAGAGGAUUCCACAUCUGCACUGACCACACGUGUCAUGUUGUAAGGUGUGAAAUUUGCUUGUUGCACUUUAAUCCUUUCUUGAAGGAUGAUGAGUGGGCCAGUCUCAUCAAGGAUUUAAGCUGUACGGUACCGCUGAAGAGCACUGAUGAGAGACUUUCCCUCUGUCUGUAGGGAAGGUGGUGGUAUCUCCAUGUAUGAGCAUUGAAACCAACGCUGUCUCUUUCAUGGUGGUACAGAAGUACAUGAUCUCUAUAAGUCUUGCACUCCUUAAUUGGUAUUGAGUAUGAGUAGCUCAUGUUUCUGUAGUGGAUGUGUGGUAUUGCAAAUGUGAAAUAAGCACUCCUGCCCCAUGUGGAUGAGUGAAGGAAGAAUUAAGUUAAUUCUGAAGUUAUGCUGUGGUUGCAGUGAUCUGUAGUUGACCUUUUUAGGACCCAAGAAUAACUUAUGCGCGUGCUUCUUUU